AUGCAUUGCGUCAUGUCCUUCACGGAACAACAAGUGGAAGAUGUUGUACGUACGAACGUGCAGGACAAAGAUCUCUUGACUCCGAUCGAAGAUCCAUAUGCCGUACAAAAGUGUGUUCAUGGAACGUAUCUUAAGAACUGGGAGAGCAUUUGGAAUUUGGGGUUGUGUAAAAUGCAGAGAAAUCACAUUCACUUUGCUGAGAACGAAGUCGUUGAUGAUCAAGUUUGA